GCGCAGGAAAGGGUUAAAGAAUGGGUUUCUUCUCCUCAUGCUUCGUCUUUUUGUUGAUUUGUUCAGACUCCAGUAGCGACACGAACUCACUGACAUCUUCUCAACGGAUCUUCCUUUCGACUUGACACAAAAGAGAGCAGCAGUCAUGGGGAAAGGAUGCAUAGCCGCCACCAAGUACUUCCUGUUCUUGUUCAACCUCCUCUUCUUUAUUUUCGGAGCUGUAAUCAUGGGCUUUGGACUUUGGGUCAUGCUGGAUAAUCAGAGUUUCAUCAUGGUUUUGCAUGAGUCCUCCACAACGCUGAAAGUUGGCGCUUACAUCUUGAUUGGGAUUGGAUCCCUUACCAUGAUCAUGGGUUUCCUGGGCUGCAUCGGUGCCAUUUAUGAGAUCCGAUUCCUUCUUGGACUGUACUUCACCUGUCUCCUCCUCAUCCUCAUCGCCCAGGUGACAGCCGCUGUCCUCAUCUACUUCCAGCGAGACCUGCUGAGACAAGAGAUGUCCACUAUUGUGAACAAAAUUAUGGUGAACUACACCGGGGAAAACAAGACAACUGAGCAUGCCUGGGAUUAUCUCCAGAGAACGAUGAAGUGCUGUGGUUGGACUGGACCAUCUAACUGGACGGAGAACGUGUUGAUGAAGAGUCCGAACAAUUCUCAGAACUGGUAUCCAUGUUCCUGCAGAAAUGGAUCCCUCAGUGGCACGGAUAUGAGGGAAACAGGCCUGUGUCCGCAUCUGUCCUCUGAUUGGCCCGUCUUCACUACGGGUUGUGUAUCUAGUGUGGAGGACUGGCUCCUGAGGAACAGUGGAGUAAUUCUGGGAGUCUGUGUCGGAAUAGCAGUGAUUGAGCUUUUAGGGAUGAUCCUGUCCAUGUGCCUGUGCAAGAGUGUCCAACAGGAGGAUUACACCAAAGUACCCAAAUACUGAGAGCAAACCCCCCUUCAGUGACAGUGUUACCGACCAGCAGGACAACUGGAACAAAACAGGCCACACACACACACACUCUUUUCACUUUAUUAGCCCCUGUAAACAUUGAAACAUCACGCUGUUUAGGAUCAACGUUUUGUUGCAUCUUUUUCUUUUCGAGAAACUAGUGAUAUGUAGAUCUUUGUCUUGUUAGUGCUCUGCAAGGCCUAAACAGCUUUAUAUUUGGUAUCUCACUCUUGCAUUGCUAUACUGUUGCGUUUAUGGUUUUCAUCGUUAGUUGAAUGUGAGAGCACUUUAGUGAAUAGAGAGUUUGAAUUGAAAUGGAAAGAGCUACUUUUAAAAUACUAGUAUAAAACACGGGGAAAUCUGUUUUUUUGACCUUUUAUAAUGAGAAUUGUGUACUUUCAGUUCAGCUGUGUGUAUAUAUAUCAAUAGGAAUGACAUACUUCGGUGAGGUUCGUUCUUCUCAGCACUUAAUGAUGUGUUUUCUGCCUGUGUUAUUAGCCGGGUUGGGUCACUCAGGGUGGAGUCUGGGUAAAGAUGGCUGCGGUUGAGCAAUGUCAAGACUGAAGGCUAGAUUGGAGUAGUUUCGUUUGGUUCACAUGCGAGUCGGCCUACUUCGCUCUGUGGAUCAGGGUGUGUAUGUGGAUUUAGGUUGUGUGUGUAUCCCACAGUUCCUCACGCUGUGCUGGUGUGGGUAAAACAUCUGUGCAAGUAUGUCGAUAAGCAGGCGUUAUAUACAGAUCCUGCAGCACCAGAUGUGACGUUACUGACCCAUUUCAGCUGAACCAAAACUGUGCCAGGCUUUUUAAUAUCUUUUGACUUUCUUCUUUUUGAUAUUUUUGCUUCUAUAGUUUUAUUAUUUCAUGUGACGCUGAUGUAAACUGGUCAGCUUUUUGAAUUGAGGAAGCCUGGGUUUGUUUAUAUCAAAAUUCAAAGGAGUUUCUGAGGAAUAAUAUGGGCUGUUUAGUGUUUUAGCGAAGCUUCGUCUGAGUAGAUAAGAGAAGGGAAUGACCCGGCCGUUGUCUGCAACACUGUUGCUUUUUGAGAAAAAAAAAAUAUUUGUUUCCUAAAUCAGUCCUUUACAAUAAUUUAAAUCUUUCAAGAUUUUUUUGUCAAACGUCUUUAUUUGUAUCUUGUCAUGAUGCUGUCCUCCUGUAGAACUCUAGUUUAGAUAUUUAAGAGCUUUUUUUUUUUUUAAUCUGAAAACAUACCAACGUGUUCCGGAAGCUUGUGUGGGAAAAACUCGCAUGAAAGUGUCAGAAUUGGGAGAAGAAUUUGAACUAAGACUUUAUAUCUCGCAAUUGCGACUUUAUUUCUCCGAAUUUUAAGUUUAUACCUCGCAAUUGCGAGAAGAAUAGUCAGAAUUGGGAGAUAAAUCCGAAUUACGUUUUGUUUUGUUUUGUUUUUAUUCUGUGGUGGAAACAAGCUUCCAUAACAUUGGGAUAAUAAUGUAUUUCCGAGGUAAAGUGAAGGGCUUUUUCUACUUUCUUAUACAUAAUGUAAUGUUUACCUGGGAAGCCAUGUUUCUGUAUUGGGUUUUACCAGCUGAUUCAGUAGUUAUGAAACAUGUCUAUGCAAUAGUUAAGAGUUGAAUUAAAAGAAAACUUUGACACAA